AUGGCCCCUCCGAACCCGCGCGCUGAUUGGGAGCGUUUGGGCGAUCGAUUCUACCGAAAGACUAGAAUCUACGACGGCGUCUUUGAUGAAGAUUUGGAGCUCGAAAAUUAUGUGAUUGCUGCAGCACCGUACGCCGGUGCGCUAGCACUCCAUCGAAGUGAGAGUAAGGUUUAUAGGUAUCGGGAUGCACAAACUGCCAAAGCAAGUAUAGAUAUUUACUCCUUUUCAGGGAAACUGAUAAGUCGUUUCAAUUGGGAGUAUGGGCCAAUCAGAGGAAUGGGCUGGUCCGACAACGAAGAGCUGCUGGUUGUCGCCGAAGACGGUACUGUCCAUCGCUACUUUGGUCUUCAUGGCGACUUUGCACCAUUUUCACUAGGCAACGGUGCCGAGGAAUACGGCGUACGAGCUUGCCGUUUCUGGUCUUCUGGUUUUGUGGCACUUCUAUCAAACAACCAACUAAUUGCAGUCUCCAACUACAAAGAGCCCAGACCCAGGCUGCUGGCUUCCUCGCCAGAAGGAGAAGUCUCAUCAUGGAACAUAAUCCCCCCAGCAUAUACUCUAUCUCGAACGGUGGAGGUGCUCCUUGCUGUCGACAAAACGUUAUAUGUGGUCGACGCGACAGAAGCAGAAGACCGAAUGUUAGAAAGCGGCCCAUUCAAGCACGUAGCUGCCUCGCCGUCAGGAAAUGCCGUAGCUCUCUACACGAGCGAUGGCAGAGUGUGGAUCGUGAGCAGUGAUUUUCAGAACAAAUAUAGCGAGUACGACACAAAAUCCAAGACAGCUCCUAUUACGAUGGAAUGGUGCGGCGACGAUGCUAUUGUUCUUGGCUGGGAGGAUGAAAUACAUCUGGUGGGAAGCAACGGAGCGUCAUCCAAGCAUUACUAUGAUGGACAUGUGCAUGUAUUACCAGAGUUUGAUGGUGUUUGGUUGCUAACAAAUGAGUCAUGCGAAUUUCUCCACAAGAUUUCCGCUGUCACUGAAGAUGUGUUCAGACUUGGUUCCACAUCCCCGGCAUCCGUCCUGUUGGAUUCAAUCGAUCUCUUAGAAAAGAAAUCACCAAAAGUUGAUGAAAACAUGCAACGCAUUCGUCCUAGUCUGCCGGAAGCCGUCGAUACCUGUGUCAGAGCUGCCGGUCAAGAGUUCAACACAGUCUGGCAAAAACGACUUCUAAAAGCUGCAUCUUUUGGAAAGUCUGUUUUAGAGCUCUACAAUAGUGACGAGUUUGUCGAUACCACAGAAAGACUUAGGGUUCUGAAAGCGGUUCGAGAUUUCGAAAUCGGCAUGCCUAUUUCUUCCGAACAGUAUCUCCGUCUAACCCCCGAAAGAUUGUUGGACCGUCUCAUCAAUCGCCACCAUUAUCUGCUGGCAAUUCGUAUGUCUGAAUACAUUCGUCUUCCAACCGACAAGAUUUACGUUCAUUGGGCGAGUCAAAAGGUCAAGGCGUCUACUGCCGAUGAUGACUCUGUAUGCAAAUUGAUUGUACAGAGAUUGGAAGGAAAGUCAGGCAUUUCUUUUGAGACCAUUGCUCAAUCUGCGUAUGAUGAAGGUAGAGCCCAUCUUGCUACACAGCUGUUGAAUCACGAACCACGAGCGGGAAAGCAAGUACCGUUACUUCUCAAUAUGGAGGAGGAUAGCAUUGCCCUUGAUAAGGCCAUGGAGAGUGGUGAUCCAGAUCUGAUCUACUAUGUCUUGCUUCAUUUGAGGAAGAAGCUUCCGCUGUCAACAUUCUUUAGAACAAUCAAUGACCGGCCCGUUGCGGCUGCAUUGGUUGAAGCAUCAGCGCGAGAUGGCGAUGUGGAGUUAUUAAAGGAUUUGUAUUACCAGGACGACAGGCCUAUUGAUGGAUCGAAUAUACUUAUUUCCGAAGCAUUGUCUCGAGAUGACGUUCACACAAAGAUAGACAAGUUGGGUUUGGCCGCUCGUGUUCUUACCGACGCGAAAGAUGCCGCAACGCAAUUCCAACAAAAGUCUAUCUUUGAGGCCACGCAGCUUCUUCGAGUUCAAGAGGGUCUCGACAAGGAACUAUCUGAUGGCCCUGAAUAUGUUGGUCUCAGCCUUAAUGAGACUGUCUAUCGAUUAAUCAAGUCGGGAUAUGGAAAGAGAGCACAAAGGCUCUACAGCGACUUCAAAAUGACAGAGUCUACAUUUUGGUGGAUUCGGUUGAGGGCUCUAGUUGCCAAGCGAGACUGGGGAGAACUGGAAGAGAUAUCAAAGAUGAGAAAAUCGCCCAUUGGUUGGGAGCCAUUCUAUUCCGAAGCCUUGGGAGCAGGGAACACAAAAGUCGCAUCGACUUUUGUCCCCAAGUGCACCAACCUGACCGUCGCCGAAAGAAUCGAAAUGUGGAUGAAGUGUGGUAUGAUCGUCAAGGCAGGAGAAGAGGCUUUGCGAGCCAAGGACUUAAACACAUUGGAAGUCCUGAGGACGAAGGCUUCUGGUGCUGCAUUAGGCGAGAUAGAUCGCAUGAUAAAUCAACUCCGGCCCAGAAGAUAA